AUGAAAUAUAAUUCAAUAUGGAAAUUGUUCAAGUCAUUUUUAAUACUUAAAUUAUUUCAGUUGGUUAUUGUAUACCUUACACCAUCAAGAUUUGACACGUCAUCAGAUUUACUACUACCAAAAAGUCAAAAUGUGGUACAUGAAAUAUUAAAUAAACUAAUUACUUGGGAUUCAGUAUACUUUAAUGAUUUAUUUGUAAAUGACAUAAAAUAUGAACAUCAAUUUGUGUUUUGUCCAGGAUGGAUUUACUUCAUUAAAGCUUUGCCAUUUGAUUCUUAUUAUUCAAAACAAUUGCUCAGUAUAAUUAUUUCAAAUGCUUGUCAUUUUCUUUCCGUCCUCACAUUAUAUUUGAUUUCUAUUGAUGUAUUUGGGCAUGAAUCUAAUUUAAAUUAUUAUUCAAGUUUAAUGAUGGUAUUUUCACCAGCUGGGAUUUUCUUAACUACAAAUUAUUCAGAGAAUCUAUGUAAUUUAUUAACAUUAUUAACUUUACUUUGUUAUUAUGCAUCUGUUGAUUUUAAUAAUGUCACCACCAAAACCAAGAAAAAAAUAAAGAAUCAGGUUUUAUACGUAUUUAGUGGGAUAGUAUGUGCUUAUGGUUAUACAGUUCGAGCAAACACUUUAUUAUUGGGAAUUUUAUACCUUUUUGAUUUAUAUGAUUUUUACAUGGUUGAUAAGAAUAUUCAAUUUAGUUUACUUUCUGUGGUUACUGGAUCAAUUUUAGGUUUUACAUUUAUUGGUCAAAAUUUAUAUCACUACCUAUUAUUUUGUCCUUCUAGAGGUGAAUGGUGUACCAAUUAUUUCCCAAGUUUAUUUCAAUAUGCUCAAGAUCAUUAUUGGAAUGUUGGUUUUUUGAAAUAUUGGACUUUGAAUAAUAUACCAAAUUUUUUACUUGUAACUCCAGUUAUGAUAUGGAAUUGUUUUGGCAUUUUUACAUUUAUAAAACUACUUCCGCAAUAUAGAAAAUUAACUUCUAUAGUUGUUAUUCAAAUUAUAAUGAUUUUUGGUGGGGUAUUUUUUUGGAAUUCUCAAAUUUUAAAUAGAUUGACUAGUUAUUCUCCGUUGAUUUACUGGACUUUGGCUUUGAAUCGCGACAAACAUUGGUUUAAUUAUAUUUUAGGAUAUAUAAUUACUUGGAAUUUAUUACAAACUAGUUUAUUUGCAGCUUUUUUACCUCCUGCUUGA